CUCAGCAUUUAGAAACGAAAGCGCGAGUCUGCUGCGCGUGAAAACCGCCUGCAUCUUGCCAAAGCGCCAUCGAAACCGAAUCCCAGCAUCUUUUUUAAUGUAGUUGGAGAGCUCGUUUCUGCACGGACUCCGUGUACCAGUUCAGACUGAUUGAGAGCAGCGGUGUUGAAGGACAGAAGCGGGUCCUAUAGCGGGACAGAAGAUGCUGCUGCUGCUUCAUUGACGGCUCUGGACCACCUCAUGGUUUAUACACCAAAAAGCACAACGGCACAACACUCGUGUUCUUGAUCACGAGUUUAAAACGGGAUCCUUUUGUGGCUCUUUUGUCUCCCACGUGCAAGAAAGUGGAUCCGUAUUUGAGGAGUGUCAGCGGAGCAGGCCUGUGCAAGACAGGGAAAGGAAAACUUCACAGAAGAUGAGGAAAAGCCAGAGCGUUCUGACUGUGUCACCUAAUGAGGACAGUAAAGAGCCUCCAGACUGCAGACUUAGUGAAUCUUUCACAUCUUCGGGUUGCACGCUGGGGGUGGACCUUCGGCGGAGGCGGCGCCGUUUCUCUGGUAACCUACAGUUGCCUCCUUUAUCAUGGCGGCAGAUGGAAAGGUCCCGCAGUCCAGAUGACGAGAUCAUGGCAAGACCAACUACUCUGCCCUUCGUUACGCCCCCUCGCAUUGACAUCACACCUGUGGACUCUGAGUGUUUCGAUGUGGAAAAUGGCCCAUCUGCAAGCUGUAGUCCUUUGGACCCCCAGGCCUCACCAGGUUCUGGCCUGGUCCUGCACACAAACUUUCCCGGCCACAACCAGAGGCGAGAGUCCUUCCUCUACCGCUCAGACAGCGACUAUGACCUCUCACCAAAAUCCAUGUCUCGAAAUUCUUCUGUCGCCUCAGAACUGCAUGGGGAUGACUUGAUCGUCACACCUUUUGCUCAGGUUCUAGCAAGCCUUCGAAGUGUCAGAAACAACUUUACUGUCUUGACCAACGUUCAGUGCACAUCUAACAAGAGGUCCCCUGUGUCCAACCAGUCCCCCAUCACAAGAGUUUGCCUACCUGACGAGUCCUACCAGAAGCUGGCCGUGGAGACCAUGGAGGAGCUGGACUGGUGUCUGGAUCAGCUGGAAACCAUCCAGACGUACCGCUCUGUCAGCGACAUGGCCUCCAACAAGUUCAAGAGAAUGUUGAACAGGGAGCUGACGCACCUCUCUGAGAUGAGCAGAUCUGGCAAUCAGGUGUCAGAGUUCAUCUCCAACACCUUCCUAGAAAAGCAGAAUGAUGUGGAGAUUCCCUCGCCUACACUUAAAGCCCGCGAGAAGAAGAAAAAGCAGCAGUUGAUGACUCAGAUCAGUGGUGUGAAGAAAGUAUCUCACGGGCCCAGCCUCAACUCUGGCAUCGCUCGCUUCGGCGUCAAAACUGACAAAGAGGAUUUACUGUCAAAAGAAUUAGAAGACCUGAAUAAAUGGGGCCUGAACAUCUUUACAGUUUCAGAGUAUUCUCACAACCGGCCUCUCACUUGCAUUAUGUACGCCAUCUUCCAGGAACGAGACUUGCUUAAGACAUUUAAGAUCCCGGCAGAUACUUUUGUGAUGUACAUGAUGACCCUUGAGGAUCAUUACCACCAAGAUGUGGCCUAUCAUAACAGCCUUCACGCUGCUGAUGUGGCCCAGUCAACUCACAUUCUGCUCUCCACACCUGCUCUAGAUGCUGUGUUCACGGAUCUUGAGAUCUUGGCAGCCAUUUUUGCAGCAGCUAUUCAUGAUGUGGACCAUCCUGGAGUUACAAACCAGUUCCUCAUCAAUACAAACUCUGAGUUAGCGCUCAUGUAUAACGAUGAGUCGGUUUUGGAGAACCACCACUUAGCCGUGGGCUUUAAACUUCUCCAAGAGGACAAUUGCGACAUCUUCCAGAACCUCACUAAGAUACAGAGGCAGUCACUCCGAAAGAUGGUCAUCGACAUGGUACUUGCCACAGACAUGUCUAAGCACAUGAGCUUACUGGCCGAUCUGAAGACCAUGGUAGAGACGAAGAAAGUGACAAGCUCAGGAGUUUUACUUCUGGACAACUACACAGACAGGAUACAGGUCUUGAGGAACAUGGUUCACUGCGCCGAUCUGAGCAAUCCCACCAAGUCUCUGGAGUUGUACCGGCAGUGGACCGACCGCAUCAUGGACGAGUUCUUUCACCAGGGUGACAGAGAGAGGGAGCGUGGCAUGGAGAUCAGCCCCAUGUGUGACAAACACACUGCCUCAGUAGAGAAAUCACAGGUGGGUUUCAUUGACUAUAUUGUCCACCCGCUGUGGGAAACCUGGGCCGACUUGGUGCAUCCGGACGCCCAGGAUAUCCUGGACACGCUGGAGGAUAAUCGGAACUGGUACCAGAGCAUGAUACCCCAGAGCCCUUCCCCACCCUUCUACCAGCCCGACAAAGAAGGUAACGGUGGGAGUUCAGGGCCUGACAAGUUCCAGUUUGAGCUCACGCUAGAGGAAGAGGACUCAGAAGGCACAGAAAAAGAUGAACAUAGCCAGGGUGACGAGGAAGAGGAUGUUGAAGAAGAAGAAGACAGAGAGGAAGAAAUGGAGUCCACUACACACAUCCAGAUAGUUACUGAAGAUGCCUCACCUGUCGACACAUAGGACUUGGCGUCUCUUAAUAGGCGGUAGCUGUUUUUUCCCUUGCGAGAGGAGCAAUCCUGCAGUUGAUGCUUUUGAAAAAGCCCACAUGGGGUGCUUUUUUAGGCCCUCGUGGGAGGAGGAUGUCUUGCCCUCCUUGCACUUACGUUUGGAGACAGAUUGGUAGGAGCUCUCAGGAAAUAAAUGCUGCAGACAUUUUGGACCUGAACAAUUGACAGGCGACUUUGAUAAACAUGAAGGAUUGGGGCCAACGUGGACAGUUUAUUUGUUUGUUUACCUGGUGGUGAGGAGUAGACACUACUGAGAGGAUUUCUCUUUUUUUUUUUGUACCAACACAAACUUUUUGUAAAGCUAUGGGUGUGUGACGAGGUCAAACACGAACUACUGAAGAACAAGUAUUUGUAAAGAGAGAAACUGUUUACUUUUCUGUACCAUUUGUCUAAAGACUGUGUGCCUUUUUACUAUUGUCCUUUUAAUAGUCUUUUAUUUAUUGAACACGUUUUAGUAUAACUGUACGUUGAGAUGUUUUCGUUUUCUUAAGCAAACCAGACCGAACAUGCAUAAUUGUUUUAUAUCUACGCUGGAGAGAGAACUUAGUGUCUUCCUUUGUUUGGCAAUAUAACUUAAUAAUCCAAACAUCUGACAAACGAUCAGAAUACCAAGAAAUGAUGACAGAGGCACUUUCUGUUUAUUCUAGCUACAUAUUUGUUGGGCUUUUUAAAUAUGUGCACAAACUCUGUUUAUUUGGAUCCAUACAUCAUCCCAUCCAUAUUAGGGUAAAAAAAAAGUUGUUAGAUAAAUGCAUUGUUGCACAAAAAACUUUAAAUACCCUUAAAUAUGAAGACCCCCCCCCCCCCCCCCAAAAAAAAAAAAAAACAAUCACUAGGGGUCUCAUAAUGUACAAAAUCACAGGGGAAGCCAAAGCUAUAGUCACUUAAAUAUUCAUUUGCUUUCGACUCAUCAUAAUAGUCUUCCUUACUGCAGUCAUUUUUCAUUCUUCCCAUUAUAUUUCAGACACACAGAGUAAAAGCAGUCUGAACUAGUUUUUGUAGCUUUUUUACCCACUUUGAUACAGAACAUUUCCUCACUUGUCUUCUAAAUUUUUUUUUUUAUCUCUUAUCAUGAUUGGCUCACUUUUGAGACAGAUAAAAAAAACAUUGACGUAAACUGAUUUCCUUCCCCAUCCCACAAAACACCAAGAUAUGAUUAAAAAAACUACGAUUUGAAACCUCCAACAUUUCUCUCUAGUAUUUUAACAGUUUCACUCGUCAGAUUUCAACAUGCCAGUUUUAUAAUGAAUCUAUUGAGCAUUGUCAUCUUAUACAUUUAAUCACCAUUAACGUUUAAGUUUGUGUGUAGUUCAUUCUUUGAGGUACUUUAACUACCUUACACGCAAAUUCUCAACAGUGGAAACAGUUAAUGGCCAAAGUAGCAUGCAAAUGUAUGUUUGUGCGCACAUAUAUAUGUCUAUACAUUACUGUGUUUGUGUGUGCAAGCGUCCUUCAGGUCGCUUGAUCACCAGCCCACGCUUUUCACAACCCCUUCCAUUCACUUUGUUUAUAUGCGCUCAGAUUGGUCCUCUACUGUUUAUAACAGUGUAUUUAUUACCGGUAACUGUACAUAAGAAAUAAUGUUUCUUUGUAAAUGGAUUAAUUUAUAUGCACUUGCAUUACCUAAAACUGGUGGUGAUUCUUGUGUAGUGGGCUCUUGGACUGAGUCUUUUUUAUUUAGUAAUAUUGUUUAUGUUUUAAUAUAAAUAAAUAUAUAUUAUAUAUACUAUGUAUGAAUAUAUUGCACAAUUUUCAACUGCCCAGAAAAGUAGCCUACGAGACACGCGACCCAUUGGUAACGGGGAGAGUCUGUAGAUAAGACAUAAAUGCAUACUGUAGACAUCUGUCAGAUAUUAGAAGCUUUGUGUAUCACUGUUUGGUGUAACAUCGAUAAAUUAGUAUCUCACGAGAUUCUCCACAGAAUGUGGCCCUGAAAUAUAUACAACAUUUUGAAUGGAGAUUGCUAAAAACGGCUCAGAAGUAGCCUGUAAAUGCACAUUUACAGGAAAGGAAUUGGUCACCAACGUCACAAUCUCUGAACAACAAUGUGAAAUCGAUAUAAUUACUAAAAUGUGAUCUUCUGUAAUUAUUUGUGCUAAUGUGAACUAUUUUUCUGACCUUGUUAGCGGUUUUGAAAUUCAAAUUGUCAGUAUAACUUUGUUAAACUAUGUUUGAGAUCUUUUGGUCCGAUUUGCGUCCAAAAGGAUUAAACAGAAUUAGUGCUAUCUGCAUGAGGGAUGAGUUUUUAUCGUCUGGUUAUCCCACAUUGUUGCAGGUGAAUAUUUAAUGUUACACACAAUGUAUGGUAAUAAUAUUGUAUAUUGUGUUCAAUAAAAUCUGAAGCUACUUUUCUAUAAAGUGAUUAAAGACAAAGCAUGA